AUGUCUGCUAUAAUAAACGGAAUAAUAAAUUCAACCGUCGGUUUACUGUGCAGUAAACUACGAGAUUACACUGCAGAGAGACUCAACGAAGGCGAUUUAAACGAUGAAAAAUUCAGACAUGUCGUUGUUCGGGAACUUGAUGAUAUUAAAUCGAAGCUCGAUGGUUUGUCGAGAAAGGACCUGCUUGCCAGUCUCAGUUUUUUCAAAGAAGGAGUUACCAGGUUCUAUAUUUCUCUCGAGACGUCUGGUGAAUUUCGUGAUCAGCCCAGCACUUCAAAAGCACACUUAGAAGACGAAUCUGAAGUCGAAGGUGCAACAGCGACGAGAGUUGAGCAGUUUCCUGUCACGCAAGCUGAACGCGAUGUUUUAGAAAGCGUAUUUGAACUUUCUGAAAUCAUUGGAGACUUAAAAAUCGCAUCGCAAGAACGCUACAAAUCGGCUAAAAAGUCUUUAGAAAAAGCAAGGGAGCUGGCAACGGAAGCAUUUAAUAACGUAGCGCUGAAUGCUGAAGAUAGAUUGAUGGCGAGCAAACUUCGCAUUGCCAGCAGAAUCCUCGAAGGCUUAGAGGACCCAGAAGCAGCCGUCCACGACUGCUUACUCUACCUGAAAGAGCUACAGGAUUUACCUGCAGUGCAAGCGAUGUUUUCUGUAUGGCGAGAUUCUGAUAAAGGAAUUGCAUCCCGCUUACGAGCUCGCUUCUACAAAGAGCAAAGGAAUGUUAAUGUAGAGUCGAUACAAAUGAUCAACGCAUUAUUGAUAGAUCUCACCAUUAAAUUUACAAACAUCAAGAUGGGUGUUUGUAACUGGCCAACGAUAAAGAUUGGUAAAGAUCUCCAUCAUCCACUGUUGGAAGACCAUGCGCUUCAAAGAAAAUUUGAAGAUUACAAAACGCAGCUUCCUUGGUACGGGCGGAAGUUUGAUGAAUGUAUUAACGACUACAAUAUUUGUGCGCUAACAAGCAAAGGAGAUAUUUUAUCAGAAGGACGGAAAGACGGGAGUCUUAAACUCACAAGAAGAAGCGGCGAGCACGAGUUGAUUUUUACCACACCCUCGGAAAUACACUGUUUUGCAGUCGAUAAAAACGAUAACGUAUAUAUCGUCGUGAAAAACUCGCCAUGCAAUGAAAAUGAUCGUUCUCCAUAUAAAUUAUUAACCUUGGAUUCUGAUGGUAACGCCAAGGGGGACAGAUUACUUGACAUGAUUGAUAGAUAUAUGUCGAUUACAAGAAUGAGUGUGACCAAAGAUGGUAUGAUUGUUAUGUUGUGUUUCGACACAAAAACUUUCUGUAUCUGCGACAGCACAAACACCAGGCAAGAAUACAUAUUUGAUUUUCGACAUAUUUUUCAACAUAGUGAGAUGAAUUCUAGCUUCACUGUUUCCAAUAAAAAUGAAAUCAUUUUUGCUGGUCGUGACCCUAUUGACAAACUCUUUUUGUACUUCAUUACAAUCGAUGGUAAGCUAAAACGUAAAGUGCAAUUACCUGUCGAAAGUUUUUGGGAACAUUAUGGGCCAUUUAGAUUGCAUGGAUUGCAGAGUGUAGUCUUUAAUCAUGUCAAUGAAACAAUUCUGGCUAGUUUAUACAAUCGUUAUGUUGCCAAUGUUCCUACUGCGAUCUUCUGUUUCUCAAACACAGGUGAAUUCCUGCAAAGGUUUAAUAUCCUGGGUGAUUAUCGACAGCUCCUAUCACAUCACGCAAACAGACAUAUACUUUUGGUGAACAAGGAACAAGCCAUUGUGCUUCAAAUGUAG